UGUAUUUUUCAUUAUUAGGUUAGAGUGGUUGUACUAGCUAUAAUAGAUAAUUUACAAGAAAAUUUGAUCCGAAUAAAUUGUGACAAAAAAAGAUGUGUUCUUUGAAUGAUUAUAAAUGUAACAAUAAUGAGGAUGAAAUACUGGAGAGUACAAAAGACUCUUUGUCAGAUACAAAAAUAUGCAGAAAGUGCAAGAUAAAGGAUGUUGACAUUCUGUUGAGUGGUCAGAGUGGUUAUUGCAAUAUGUGUUUUCUGACUGUCACCAACCAUAAGUUUAGAGCUGCGCUUGGUAAAUCUAAAAUUAUCCGUCAUGGUGAUUCAGUAUUAGUCGAUCACUCAGGUGAAUUGAAUUCCACGAUACUUUUGCAUAUGAUUAAAGCUGGUAUGAGUGAGUCUACCCAUAAAAAGUUUAUGUUCAAAACAACAGUUUUAUACAUAGAUGAUGCUACAUCAAAUAAAACAACAAAUGAAGAUAGAAAUAGCCUACGACGUAAAGUUGCUGAGCAAGUAAAGAAUUUUGGAUUUGACUGCUAUGUUGUAUCAUUGAGUCAAGUUUUGAACACGGAGGAUUUAUUAGACAUAAGACAGAUUGAUGGUGAAUUGAUAAACAGUGACAAUGAACAGUUAUGUAAGAUAUUAUCCAAUUUGUCAAACAAUACCUCAAGGAUAGAUUUACUUGACAAAUUACAUCGAAAGUUGCUCUUGUCUGUUGCUCGGAAACUCAAUUGCAACAAGGUGUUUGUAGCAGAUUCUACUAUGGAUGUUGCUACAAAAGUACUUGGAGACAUUUGUUUAGGACGAGGUGCACAACUUUCUACACUUGCAGCAUUUUGCGACGCUCGAUGCACAGACAUCAAGAUACUCAAACCAUUGAGAGAUUUUACGCAGCAAGAAUUAGUGUAUUAUUCAGAAUAUUACAUGUUGAAUCCUGUUAAAUCGAAAAAAAUGGAUAUAACAAUACAGCCAGCAAUUUCCAUACAGGCUUUGACAUAUAAUUUCACAAUGGCCCUAGAAUCGCAGUUUUCUGGUACAAUAUCUACCAUAAUGCGUACAGCUGAGAAACUAAGUGCAAGGAAUAACCAGAACAAUCAAGAUAUGGAAGAUAAUUGUGUUCUAUGUGAUGCAGGCUUAAAUUCUGUGUCUUCUGAUAAUGUCACUGCUAUGAAGGCGAUUGAAGUUUCUAGAUUAGUAUCUUCUGAUGCCAAGGAUAUAAGGAUUUUUAUUAGAACUGAAGAAAAAGAAUCGUUCAACGAUAAGAAAUCAGUUCGGACGAAUCUGUGUUUGCCCACUAACGCAGAGUGUUGCAAUAAUAGUGGCAGUCGGUGUGAUUAUGUGGGUAAUAAAAUAGGACAAUUGACUGUGGAGGAUGUACAGAGAUGUUUAUGUUACAGUUGUAAAUUGAUAUUUAGGAAUUCAGACUUUUUAAGCAGUUUGCCAGCAUCAUUAUUAUCUUCUAUGCAGAAAAGAUUGGCUUUAAAGAAAAUGAGAAACGAUAUCAGCGAUUUUUUAUUAUAACAAUAUAAAUAGUAUUACAGUACAUAAACAGUAUAACAGUAUAUAAUAGUAGUAACAGAAUAAACAGUAGAAACUAAGAGAAAUAUUACAUUUCAAUUUAAUAUUAUUUAAUUAGAUAAAAUUACAG